CUUUGUGACCGGAGGCAGGGACAGUGGAAGAGCGCAGUCUCGCCACCAGAGGGCAGUAGAGCAGAGAGCCAAGGAAAGGAGAAGCCGACCAGCGCUUCAUUGCUCAGGAUCCCGCAAUGCUCCAAGGCCUGGAGCCCACAGGAGGGCUCAGAGUAUCCCAGCGGCGCGGGUCCAGUUGGCUGUGGUCCGGUCGGCCCUGAGGAAGAGGAAUGAGGUGCCCCCCAAGCAGAAGAGGAAGAUCCAUCGCUCUGGAUUCAAAGGGAAAGGACAACUGAAACUGUCCAUCACCGUUGAAGAUGGCCUCAUUGUUAUUCAUAUCAUGGAAGCCAAAGGCCUCAUGGGUAAAGAGUACCGGACAUGCAAUUCAUAUGUUAAGAUGGCAAUUGUUCCGAACACUGAUCGUGCAACUCGUCAAAAGACAAAGACGGUCCCAGACUGUAAAAACCCUGUGUUUCACGAGACCUUUGUUUUUGCCGUAAAAAAUGGAGACAGUCAGAAGAGGCUGUUGGUCACUGUCUGGAGCCAUGGCCAAGACCCCAGGCAGAGCGAGUUGCUUGGGUGCAUGAGCUUUGGUGUUCGAUCUUUAAUGACCCCUGUAAAGGAAAUCGGUGGUUGGUACUAUCUACUGGGAGAAGACCUGGGAAGAACAAAACAUUUGAAAGUGGCUACACGACGUCUGAGGCAGAUCCCAGAAGCUCCUCUGCCAAACCAUGUGGCAGCGCCGGAGACCAACAGCCCAGAGAAUAUGCAAUGCUUAACGGUUACCAUCCUGCGUGGAAAAGACGGCUUCGGCUUCACCAUCUGCUCCGACUCCCCAGUUCGAGUCCAGGCCGUUGAUCCAGGUGGCCCAGCAGACCAGGCUGGCCUGCAGCAGUUAGAUACAGUCCUACAGCUCAACGGCCAGCCUGUGGAGCAGUGGAAAUGUGUGGAUCUCGCCCACGCUAUCAGAAACUGUCACAGCGAGAUCACCGUGGUGGUGUGGCGGACGGUUCCGGUGAUAAAGCCUGGAUUUGAAGGCCUGAUCCACCGGCCUUCCUACAAGCCCAGCUACAACCCUCCCUCCCCCCCUAGCAAGAAGGAGAAGAGUGCCCCUGGCCCCCCGUUAUCCACAGAGCAGAGGUCGGGCCACCACGUCCUCGUCAAUGGAUCAGAGAGUGGCGUGACCAGCCACUGGGAGCGAUGGGAUGAGGGCGAGAAAAAGAGCAAGAACCAGACUCUGAAGGGCACCCGGGUGGCAUCCUCCGGGGACAAGAACUACAUCAUCCUGGCCCCCAUCAACCCAGGCAGUCAGAUACUGCGGCCUGUUUACCAGGACAACCGUGGUACCCUUGGAAGAGUGUACAGAAGCCGUCCGCCUUCAAUAUUGCAAAGAAGGUCCACUUUCCUGGGGUCGAAUACCUCUGCGCCCAAAGUGCCACCCCAUGCCAGCUAUCAGCAGGACUGCAACUAUGCCAACUAUCAGAACUGCACCAUCGUGAGGUCCCACCUUCCUCAUGGCAACUAUGGAACGUAUGUCAAACUGGCACCGAAAAUACUCAUCUUCCCCAUCUUUGUACAGCCUUUGGAUCUUUGCAGCCCAGCGAGGUCUCUCAUGAUGUCGGAAGAGAUGAUUUUGCAUGAGAGCAAGCAUUUGUCUAUCAAGGUGACUGUCUUUAUCUACACGGACCUGAUGCUGCUGACGAGAGAAGACGAGCCGGGACGUUGCAACGUUCUCCAGAACCCUCUUUUCCUUCAUCACCUCCGCUUGCAGGAAGAUUCCUCUGAGGAUUUGAAGUUUUACGUCAUUCACAUCACCGAGAAGAAGUCAGAGUGCCUGUUAAGUUUGGAAGCCUAUUCGGGAGAGCAGAAGAGACGCGUGUGCCAGUGUCUGAAGGAGAACAUCGCCAAGCAGCUUCAGCACAGAGAAACACCUGCCGCAGGAGAAAAGAUGCUGGAGCCGAAGGCGGAUGGGCGCUGUGAGCAGGCCGCUAUGGCUUCAGAGGAGGAGAACUCGGCAGGCAGCCCCUCCGAGGGGACCGCUCUGGGGAAAAGUGAGGGAGACAAAACCCCCGUGGAGUCGAACACCCCGCUGGAGGAGGAGAAGAAGCCCUUCGGAGAGGAAAGCACUCCCGUAGAGGAGAAGACCCCCCUUGAGGAGGAGAAGACACCCCCAACGCCGCCGCCCUCCACAGAGGGCGAGGAGAACAACAGCUCGGGGGGGGACUCGGAGAGCUGGCACGCCGGGGGCCGAGAGGCCGAGAGCCCAGCCGAACGGGUGGACUCGGGCGUGCCGGCGUUCGUUAUCCCAGAGCUGCGGCUCGACCGCUCCUUCAGCCAGAGCGCGGAGGCCCUGUCCUCGCCGGCGGACGGCGCCACCGACGAGGACGAAGAGGAGGACGAGGAGGACGAGGAGGACGAAGAGGAGGAGGAGGAGGACGAGGAGGACGAAGAGGAGGAGGAGGAGGACGAGGAGGAGGACAGUGGCGGCGACGACGGCUACCUGGAGCGCAGCGACAGCAAGCGGCGCAGCAUGAUCGAGCCGUCCUCCUGCGAGAAGCACUGCACCCUCAGCGUGCAGAACUCGCUGCGCCGCCGCACGCACAGCGAGGGCAGCCUGCUGCAGGAGCCCAAGGCCCAGUGCUUCACCUCCGACAACGCCAUCAACUGCCUGGAGAGCGACAGCGCCAAAGGCGGCUGGCUCCUCCCCUCCCCGAAGACCCUCAAGAAAGAACUGACCAAAAACGGGGGGUCCAUGCACCAGCUCUGCCUCCUGUUCUCCGGACGAAAGCUUUCAGACCCAGUUCAUUUCCUACAAAACUGGCAGAGGUUCAAGCUCAGUGGCGGAUCUGAAUGCAGUUGUGAAGUCAGCCCAGACGACUCCAAGAAGAAGAAGUCCAAGAACCUGGCCAAAGACAUGAAGAAUCGUUUGGCUUUCUUAAGGAGGAGGAAUGAAUCUCCUGGAAGCAACCCGGCUAGCAAGCUGGACAAAGCUAUGAAGUCUGUGAAGCCUACUCCCGAAGAAGCGCUCAAAUGGGGAGAAUCCUUAGAUAAACUACUGGUUCAUAAAUAUGGUCUGGCUGCUUUCAGAGCUUUCCUACGCACAGAGUUCAGCGAGGAAAAUCUGGAAUUCUGGUUGGCGUGCGAAGAUUACAAGAAGAUUAAGUCACAAUCUAAAAUGGCAUCAAAGGCCAAGAAAAUCUUCGCAGAAUACAUUGCCAUCCAGUCCUGCAAAGAGGUCAACCUCGACUCCUAUACUAGAGAACACACGAAAGAAAACCUGCAAAACAUCAACCGGUCCUGUUUCGACCUGGCUCAGAAGAGGAUAUAUGGAUUAAUGGAGAAGGACUCCUACCCCAGAUUUCUCCGCUCAGAACUGUACUUGGACUUAGUGAACCAGAAGAAGCCCAAUUCGACAUCGCCCUCGUAGGCGACUCGCAACAGCUUGUUGGGUUGAUUUAGGUCAUUUGCGUUUCCAUUUUUUAUUUGCGAUGGGUGGUUGAGAGACUUGAAACAGACUGGAACCUGUAUGUUUACAUGGAGGAGAGAAUCUCCCCCCCUGGUAUGUCUCCCGGGAGGGGGCACGAGCCGUACAUCGGUUUUCGUCCAGUGUUACGAAUAUCAACGACGGAAGCCAUAUCUCCCUGUCGCGCAGCCCCCAGUUGGUGCAAGUGCCAGGUGGAAUUUUUUCCGAAUUUGUUGUUCCGAACAUGCUGGAGAGAGGUUGAAUCUGGAGAUCCGAAACAGUCCGGUACUGUUUGUCACACUCUGCAUCUUUCGCCCAAGUAGUCUCUCCAGUUUCCCCCCAACCCCACCCCCUUCAUACGCUGUUGGUACGACAUCUGCAAAACUUACUUUUUUUUUUGGUUUCCAUUUCUGUACAUGGCCGUGAUGGUCGCUCAGGGGAAGCACUGGUUUUCUUCUGCGCUAGCCUGCUGUUCAGUCAGUCUUUCCUGGCACGACAUCCCUUUGGCUCCUGAACUUUGGCUCCGUUCUGUGGGGAAACGUCCUGUUGCAUUCUCCAGAGGACUACAAGAGGGACAAAAACCAACAAAUUAUGAACUAAAGGACCAAGCUGUGGACAUAAUGCUGUCCUUAAGUUGAAAGAACUUACUACCCACUCUCCAAAGACUGUAGACGCUUCAGACAUAUCUUAAGCAAGCGAUUCCAUGUAGUUAUAGUUGGAUGAGGCAGUUUUCUCAGGACAUUAUGGCACUCUGUGAUAAAGCUUCCAAGCUUUUUAUGAUUUUUAUUUUUAUUUUGGUUCAAAUCUGCACUCCUAGACAAAUAGCGCUAUACCGUUAGGCUGUUGCUCUUUUCAGAAACCUUCUCGAGUGGACGGAGGUUGCCUAUUUAUUUAGCUCAUGGCUGCUGAAUGCUCAUUGCAUUUGCGCUCAGUUCAAAUCCCUUCCUCUGCAGCCCCCCCUCCCCCCGGUAUUUGCUGUCCCGAUUUUAAGUGCAAUAUUUUUUCAAUAAGUAUCAUUUGAGCUUGAGCUCGACAAUGAAUGGAUCGAGCUCCGUAUUAACUUUAUUUUUUGUAAGAGUUGUACAAAUUCUGCUCGAGGGUUAAUUUACCAUUUAAGAUGAUAAAAAUACACAAAAAAAGAGGAAAAAAAAGUCCAUUUUAACAGUGUGUUCCUUAGCAGCAGGCAGCUAAGGGUUGUGGAUGUAUAUAUAGUUCCUAUGAAAACUAGACAAAUGAGUUUUCAUAAAUGUAACAUGAAAAUAUGGUGUAACUAUGUAAAUACGAGACUCAAAGCUAUAAAAUAACAUUUAAUGUUAUUAAUAAAGCAAGGAAAGGGUUGAAUGGACAGCCUCUCCUUGGUCAUACACUGCUUGUUAGGAGUUUUUUUUUUAAUGUAUUUUAUCAUUUUCACUGUUUACAAUUCAAGGCAUCUCCUACAAUAGCAAAAACCAUUUGGUGUCAUUGCAAAGGGUAAAUAAAACUGGUCAAUGAUG